UAUAAAUACCAUCCUCCAAAACUCUAAUAAGCAUAGAGCAAACUACAUUACUUAGAGAAAGAAGCAUUGAGAAAGAUUUUAGAGUUUGAGAAAUGGAGAACUUCCCAGUUAUCAGCUUGGACAAGCUCAAUGGUGAGGAGAGAAAAGUUACUAUGGAGAAAAUCAAGGAUGCUUGUGAGAACUGGGGAUUUUUUGAGGUGGUGAAUCAUGGCAUACCCUAUGAUUUAAUGGACACUGUGGAGAGGUUGACCAAAGAGCACUACAGGAAUUGCAUGGAACAAAGGUUCAAGGAAUUAAUGGCCAGCAAAGGGCUUGAGGGUGUUCAAACUGAGGUCAAAGAUAUGGAUUGGGAGAGUACCUUCCAAUUGCGUCACUUACCUGAGUCAAACAUUUCAGAGAUACCUGAUCUCACUGAUGAGUACAGGAAGGUGAUGAAGGAAUUUGCUUUGAAGAUAGAGAAACUAGCAGAGGAGCUGCUAGACUUGUUCUGUGAGAAUCUUGGACUAGAGAAGGGGUAUCUCAAAAACGCCUUCUAUGGAUCAAGGGGACCAACUUUUGGUACCAAGGUUGCUAACUACCCUCCAUGCCCAAAUCCAGACCUGGUUAAAGGUCUUCGUGCCCACACUGAUGCUGGUGGAGUUGUCCUUCUUUUCCAAGAUGACAAGGUCAGUGGCCUUCAGUUGCUCAAAGAUGGCAAGUGGAUAGAUGUGCCUCCUAUGCGCCAUUCCAUUGUCAUCAACCUUGGUGACCAACUUGAGGUAAUCACCAAUGGUAAGUACAAGAGUGUGGAGCACCGUGUGAUAGCACAAACUGAUGGGACCAGAAUGUCAAUAGCCUCAUUCUACAACCCUGGUAGUGAUGCUGUUAUAUACCCAGCACCAGCAAUAGCACAGGAGAAUAACCACGUGUACCCAAAAUUUGUGUUUGAGGACUACAUGAAGCUCUAUGCAGGGUUGAAGUUCCAAGCCAAGGAACCAAGAUUUGAAGCCUUCAAAGCAUCAAAUGCCAAUCUGGGUCCAAUUGCAACUGCUUAAAUCUGUUUUACUAUAACUACAAAAGGUGCUUGUUUAGAGAAAAGCAAAGAGAUGUAUAAGUAUCUUAAAUGAGUAUGUGAUGAUUUACUAUAGUGAGUGAAAUGAUUCCUUGUACUAUUAUAAAAUGACCAAAAAUAUCGAUGUUUUAUAGUAAACUAUUAUUCAAUUAGAAUAAUCUUUAUUGCCUCUUGUAUUUCUCUAUC